CAAAAGUUGUUCUUUGUUUUGUUUUAAAUUAUAAAUAACAUUCUGGAAGCUUAUUUUUCAUUUAAUUAGUGCAUUUAUGUCUCACUUUUCCUCUCAAAAUUCUGACAGUAUUUUAGCUAUUUAAGAGUAUAUGCAUGUGUAUAUUUUCAGUGUUAUGAAGUAAGCAUUAACAAUACAUUACUUCCCUAUUUUCUCUCUAUAGCUUAUUUACAUUUAUUUUAAAUAAUUUUUAAAAUUAAAAUACAUUAAAGGAACUUGUGAAACCUAUCAUAAUUUAAGUAAUGCUCCUGGCCUCUGUAUAAAAGAUAUUGUGAUUAUUUGCCAGGCAGCUAAAAUGUCUUGUAUUACAAAGAAAAAUAUAGGAAAUUUAAAAUAUUUUAAUUAUAAAUAUUUUGUAUUAUGUCAAUUACAGCCAUGAUGUCCCAAAGUAAUACCUGAACAGUGUUUUGUAAUGUGAUAUAAAAGAUAUCAGUAUAUUUACCAGGAACUAGUACAGAAAUGCAAAAGUUUCAGAAGAAUUAAUAACUCCUUUUUUGUGUGGUCUCUAUGUACCACAUUUGUAAACCAGUUUAAAUGCCUGGGUCUGUGAUUUUAACUUUUGUUAUCUGAAAAUAAAAAUGUAAAUGAUCACAAAAAAGCUAAUCAUACUCCCUGCUUCAAUCUGAACAGCAACAAUUCUUUGGGGACCCAAGUUUAUUUGGGGACCCAAAAGUUCAGUGAAAGUGAAAACAACGGAAAAUGAAAAUGCGUUUUGGUUCAAUGGGGUAUGUGUUCAGCACUUCAUGAGAUUAUGUGUAAACUAUAUUAGGGACCUGUCUGGAGAAACAGAACUUUAUAGCAGUAAGAAUGGGAAACCUUAUAGUUAUGAUCCCUGUGGUGCAACCUUCCCUACACUUUAGCCAUGGAUUUAUUCCACUGAGCCCAGUAGGCCUUCUGAAUAAACAAGGCAUAACAUUGAACUGCUUGAUGCUUAUUUAUAAGUACUGUUAAAUUGGAAACAAUAAGUCUAGUUUCUAAAGUAUUUACUUGGUUUUCUAGAUUGUUGGUGCUACUUCUUUUAUAAAAUAGGAUACUUAGCAAAUGUAUUUGAGAAGUUUCAGACUUAAACACUUUGCUUAAAACUAAAGUCAUGGGUUUGACUUCUACAGUAUGUAAAUGCAUUGUGCAUUUGAUACCAAGCAUCAAUUAACAUGCAUUUACUUAUUUAUUAUUAUACUUAGCCUGCUUUCUAAUUUUCUCCAAAGACAUCUAUUAGAUAACUUCUUGUGGUCCCAGGGUCAUCCAAUGGAUGAGCAGAAAUGAAAAGUCUGGCCUUGCCAUAAUUCCCCACCCCCCCAAUUGAUAUUUCAAGUCAUUGGCCCAUAUAGAGCUAAUGAGAUAUGGAGACACCCCUAAACACCGAGAAAGGAAAUUCUAAUGUUUCUCCCAAGCAUUGAAGGCCAUGCUUAUACUCAAAAGGGAGCAAAGAAAUAACAAUGCACAGAUCAUUAUGAAUAUUUUGGGGAAAAAACCUCUCUUUUGUAUAUGAGCAAUUCUUUUUUUCUGAAACAGAAAUGGGAUUUUCUGCAUGGCAAUAAACCUACAAAAGAGCUUCUCAAUGAAAAGUGGACUCUGAAAAUAAUACCCUAUAGUUUAUGUAGCUUUUAGGUCAAACUACCCCACCACAAACAUCUGCUGAAAUAUGUCUGAAACAGAAAAGAAGAUAGCUGACAUAGGUUCUUUUUUCUUCUUUAGCUUGCAAAUGAAAGUUACUGAAUGCCCUCAGUUACACUUUAACUUCUUAGAACUCUUCCCAGGAAAAACAAAACAAAACGCUAAGAGUCAGGAUUUACAAUACAGAUCGACUUUUCUCCGGUUUUUCAGGUUCCAGUUCUGGUUCAAUCCAUCAUGUCACCCUUGGCUAUUAAUGCACGCAUGCGCAACUUGAGGGGGAAAAACAAAACAAGAUAAGGGGGUGAAAGAGAAAAUGCAAUAACAAAAAAAAAUGUUGGUUAAUAUUUAUACCAAAAUAGAACAGCAGUCAAACACUGAGGAUACAGAUAUACUUGAGUACAGCAAGGCAGAGAAAACUUUAUAUUUCUUAAAAAGAAUUAAAAUAAUCCACACAGAAGCAAUAAGGCUGCUUGUGAAACUGUAGAAUGAAAUGCAGACAAAGUUUAAAUCAACAUUUCCUUUUAAAUAGCAGAUUGUUAUUUAACAAGGCAAACUCAAUUGCAACAACUCUCCAUUCUUUGCUAAAAGUCUAUCACCUUUUAAAGUAAGCAAUUAAGUGCAGUUUAUAAUAGGCAGUGGUUGUCUUUCGGGGUGCCUGAUAGUGUCUUUUGGACUUCCCCAGGAGAUUGAUUUGUAUAAACUACAAUCACUUUUGAGGACCAAAAGUGAUAUUAAUCAUUAUAUUUGAAGCAACUUCUUUCCCUCUGUUAUUGCCCUUAUUUUCAUCUUUGUUAUUUCAGACUGAUAAGAUAUAAUGCCAUCUGGGUGAUGGGGGUAAAAAAAAAAGCUUUAAUGUGCUGUAUUAAAAUAGACUGUAUUAAAUAUUAUUAUAAAUGCUGCCUGCCUGCUUAAGGUAAUGGCCACAAACUUCAUCCUAGAUUAUUUACACUUUAUUGAUAAGAAUUAUAUCAAAAUUACCUUUCCCCUAUUGCCCAAUGUGACCAAUCCUGAGGCUCACUCUGAUAGUAAGAUAACUUGUCUGGCCCCUCUUUGACAAUAAAUAAUGCCAAAAUCAAAUCUCCAAAAAGAUGUUCUCCAAAUGUAUACCUUUCUAGGAAAGCAGUGAGGAAUAUUUCAGUUUAGGUUAGCUUUUCAAGACUGGCAUUCUCCAAGUCUGUAAGAUUGCAAGUCUUGUUUUAUCCCACCAAACAGGGUGGGCAUGUUAAGUAUUCUAGAUUAAGACUUCUGGAAAGUAUCAGUUUAGGCAAAAGAAAGUAUCACCCAAACUUGUAUGGAAACAUUUGUGCCUUCUUGCUUGCCUGAGGCUAAUUAAGUUCUACUUUCCUGGAUUUUGUAGAGGCACACUUCCAUGUGAAUGGAAAUGCAAAGUAUAAGACCCUGACUGAAUCAGAACUACUCUCUGCAUAUCCUGAUUCUCAGUAUUCAUAUUGGAAGAGGAAGCAAUUGAUUUCAAUGGCAUUUGUGACAUGUAACUUUGUUUAGGAUGCGGAUGAAAUCUAUGAAUAACUGACUGCCAGAUAUCUGCUUAGAUGGAAGGGGAAAAAAGGAGAAAGUAAGUUGGCAAGUGAGGCCAAUGAUGAAAUGUGUGAAAUGCUUGGAUGGCUGCCUACCUGUGUAUUCAAGGGUGAAUAUGCAGGUAUAGAGCACAGCAGUAGAAACCACCCAUAAAUGACAAGGACUUCCUUGCUAUGGAUGGGCAGAUAAGUCAAAUGUUAGACUAGACUACUGAAGGUCUUUGAUGAUUUAAGAACAAGUGAAUUAAUGGGAUUCUACUGUUUGUCAUUGACAGGUUGUGCUAAAAGCUUUGGGCAGUGUCAGCCUUGCCAGGUGUUCCGCGGGCAGCGACUGGCCGGAGCCCAAGACGCGAGAAAGCAAAGGCCGAGCAACGGGAGGGCCGUGACGGUCAAUGUUGUUUGAGCAGGCGCCCGAGGCCUUGGCGACCGCAGAGCCCAAGAUGCAGAAAACCGCCUACUACGACAACUCGACGCUCUUCGGAGCUUACGGCGGCGGCGGCGGCUACGGCAAAGCGGACGCCUACGGCUACACCACAGGCCCGCCUCAGCCCUACGCCCAACCCGCUCUGGAGACUGAGUACCCCGGGUCGGCUUGCUCCCUCCAAACCGCCGCCCCUCUCCGAGGAGCGCCCCCUGCCCACAAGAGCUCGGAGCUCGGCGGAAGCUGCAUGCGGCCCGGCGGGGGGAGCCAGGCGGUCCCUCAACCGCCGCCGGGCCUGGGCGACCAGCCGCAGCCGCCUCAGCAACAACCGCCGCCGCCUCCUACGCUACCCUCCCCCUCCCCGCCUAACAACGCCGCCCACGCGGGGUCUGCCAAGAAGGGCAAAAGCGGGCCUAAUUCUUCCAACGGCUCCCCGGCCACGAUUAGUAAGCAGAUCUUCCCCUGGAUGAAAGAAUCGCGGCAGAACUCCAAGCAGAAAAACAAUUGCCCGCCCGCAGGAGAGAAUUGUGAAGACAAGAGCCCGCCUGGCCCAGCUUCCAAGAGAGUCCGCACAGCCUAUACCAGCGCUCAGCUGGUGGAGCUGGAGAAAGAGUUCCACUUCAACCGCUAUCUCUGCCGUCCUCGCCGUGUGGAGAUGGCAAACCUUCUCAACCUGACUGAGCGUCAGAUCAAGAUCUGGUUUCAGAACCGUAGGAUGAAAUACAAAAAGGACCAGAAAGCCAAAGGGAUUAUGCACUCCCCGGUUGGCCAGUCUCCAGACCGGAGUCCACCCCUAAGCGGUCCGAGUCACGUUGGCUAUACCAGCCAGUUGCCCAGUGUUGGGAGCCUGAGCUACGACACUGCUCCAUCACCAACCUCCUUUGCCAAGUCGCAGCAAAAUCUGUAUGGCCUGGCUGCCUACACAGCUCCGCUCAGCAGCUGUUUGCCCCAGCAGAAAAGGUACCCUGGAGCUGAGUACGACCACCACACCAUGCAAAGCAAUGGGGGUGGUUUUGCCAACCCUAGUUUGCAGGGUAGCCCUGUCUACGUUGGAGGGAACUUCGUGGAUUCCAUGCCAGCCUCCGGCCCGAUGUUCAACAUCAGCCAUCUCUCUCACCCUUCCUCUGCUAGCGUGGACUACAGCUGCGCUGCUCAGAUCCCUGGCAACCAUCAUCAUGGACCUUGUGACCCCCACCCCACCUACACAGAUCUCACUUCUCAUCACACAUCUCAGGGAAGGAUUCAGGAAGCACCCAAACUAACACAUCUGUAGUAAAAUGGAACAUAUGGCGAGAAAAAGAGGGAGAAAGCGGGGAAGAGAAAAGAAAGAAAGAAAAAGAAAGAAAAAAAGGAAUGAAAGAAAGAAAGAGAAAGAUCCUCAUGUUUCAAUUACCUCACUUUUUCCUGAUAAUUAUUUUUCAGAAUCCUGAGUGUUAGUGGAUUGUGUGUAUGCGUGUGUGUCCAGUAACAGCUAAAUUAUCUUGUUUAUUUCAUUGACAACUCCUGAACUCUAUGGUUUUGUUUUUCUUUCUUUUUGAAUUAAAAAAAGUUUUAAAGCAUGACAGUGCAAUAUCCUUUAAAAUUAAUUCCCACAAGGGAAUAUUAAUUGGUAAAGAUGUACUGAAAAGUAAGUUGUAGAAAUUUGUUAGUAUUAGCAAAACAUGAGUACUGAUGAGGAGUUAAAGACAGUUGGGACCAAAAUGAGGACCUUAUUCCAGAGAUGUUAAUUUAUGGGAUCCUUCAGCAAUGUGGACAAUUGCUUUGGACUGAAAUAAGAUGUAUUUAUUAUUUUAAUAACUUUUUAAAAAAUACUCAUUAUUUAAUCUUGGCCUUCAAUGUAUUUAUGUGGAUAUUUGUAGAAUUUCUUCAUUCCCUUCUCCCUAAUUUUGAAAGUUAAUUCAGGUCUUUGAUAAAUACAUUUUCACCUAUUUAGUAUAUUUGAUCUGAAAUAGAAAGAGUAGUUUUGAACAGUUGUAACAGUGGCUGGUGUUUGUAGUUUAUGUAAGGAUUAAGCAAAUUGUAAGUCAAGUCAUAGAAAAAUACAAAAUUGAAGUAUUAUCACAAACAGCCGUUACAUUUUAAAACAUAAAUAUACAACAUAUUAAUUUAUUUCAUGAUUGUUUGGUAUCCUUUUACUUUUAAAAUGUUUAAAAAUAUUUAGGUGGGAGUGCAUCUUAUUUAAAACUGUUCUCUCCUCUGGCAAUUUGGGUUUUGGCCUUCUUUGACAUCCAUAAACCAUCCAAGAAGCUAUUAAGUUAUAAUGCAGUUCCAUACUUGUUUUCUCAGAGGUAAGCCCCAUUGAGUAUAAUGGAAUUACUUCAGCUAUGAGUGUCUCAAAUGACAUCUUUACUAUCUAUUACAGAGACCAUUUUGUCGUGUUGUUUUAGCGUAAAAUAGCCAAAACCUUCAGAUAGAUUAGAAACAAUAUAAUGCUAUUGAUGUCAUUUAGUAUUUCCACAGUAAUUCAAACUAAGAACUAUCCCUUUCAGUUAUUGUUAUUAUUAUUGUUAUAUUAUUUAUAUGCUAUUUAUGCUAAUCAUAGAUCAAUUUUGUACACCUUAUCAGAAACCAGAACUUACUUUUGCUGAUUAAGGAGGAAAAGGAGAAGACAAAUUUUGAAUGAAAUAUUGACAAUCAAGUAUCUACAAGAAAAGACUGUAGUAGGGUGUAGGGAAAUCUGAAUGGCUUUUGAGAUAGGAAAUUACUAGAUCUAUCAAUAUUUAAUAUAGUUGUUUGUAGCAGGCAUUGAUGCAAUCCUCAUGUAAACAAAUGUUUCUGCCUGAAGUCUAAAAUGGACAAGGAACACAAACAUCCUUCCUGAGCUCCCACUUUCUUUAUUUAUGUGUUGUAUUUAAUCUCUCCCUGGAUUUAUUAUAAAGUAUUCCUCAGCAUAAAAGUGACACUAGGUAGAUGUUAGAAGCUACAGCUGUCCAUUCAUUCAGAAAGAAGCAUUUCUUACUGUCUUCCAGACUGCUCAGUUAGGAUGCAGAUCUUUGGAAAUGCCUUGGACAGGGGCAGAGGGAAACCUCCCAUUUCGGCUUGACUAAUAGUGCCAUUCCAUUUCUGUGCAUCCUGAUGGCAGCUCCUGCAGUUCUUUUUGUUGGAAGAGGAUUUUCACUCUUACAUUUGUAUCUGGCUGGACAAUGAUGGUGACAGUAUAUUUAAAAAAUCAUGUUAUUGCCCCUCAUUCCUUUUGCCGUUUUUUUUUUAAAUAUACCAUGCUAACAAUGAAGAUGGAAUAUGUACCCUUUUGUUAAAUCUCACUUUUAUCCAAGUGUUGUAAAUCUGUAAACAAGACAGAAUAAACAGCUUCGAAUGAAGAAAUAUUUUAACCACUUCUGGAUCUAAAGUUGCUUUCUAUGACAUUUUGCUUUUUCUAAAAUGCACACACUCAGAGCUAUUAUAAAACCAUAAUGUGCACAAUCAGUAAGCUCUAAUUUGAACAAGUACACAAUCCCUAGAAAGUUUUCCAGGAAAUUCCUGCAUAUCAACAUUGAUAAAUAAAUAACAUGUCUAAUUUAUUUUGUGUUCCUCAUAGGAGGACCUAUUUUAUUUUCAACAUCUAUAAAUCAAAACUAGACAUAUGGAACGGAACUUGGUGGGCCUUUCUAGGAUGUCCUGAUAUGAUCCACAGCUCCAUGUUUUAUGGGCUUAACUUCAAAUGGCAUCUGAAUUGUUUUGUGUUAUUUUUCUUCUCUGAACUCAUAUGAAGUGAAAGCAAGUUAUGAACCUUCUGGGAAUGGGAGAGAGAAACAGAACUACUCAUACACACAGAUAAACACAACUAGUCUUGGUAUAGAGAUAACUUUAUUUUCAAACUUUUCAUUGGGAAAUCUUGCAAAAUAAAACUGGGAUUUUGGUAAUUAAACUGUGAUCAAGAUCGUUGCACAAAGAUUUUUAUUUCUUUUGAUUGAAGUCAAGUUGUGCCUGAAAGACCACACGUUUAGAAUUGUGUU